GCGUUGUGCUACUGAGCCACACCGCCAGCCCCAGAAGAUGCUUUUCAGUGCCGUCUAAGCCACUUAGCUGACAACGGAAGGGCGAGCCCCCCCGCCCCCAGGCCCUGGGAGUGUUGCUGUCCACUUUGGCUGACUUCUCAGGCAUCGUCGGCCCUGGCUGCGAAUUCACCCACCUUCGGUCAUUUGCAGGCACAGAGUGUGAAACCACUCCGGUGACCAGUGUGUGUCCCUGCCGACGGCCUUGUCACCUCUCCUACUGCAAAUCCGUACCUUUGUACAGCCUGCUUGGUGCCUUUUAAAAACUGUUCUGCAAAUUUUUUCGUUAGUGAUUUCCCAUCUCAAGUGGCUCUGAGCAGCUCCUAGAGGGGCCGCCUGGUGCUCUCCAUGUGGGAGGCAGUGGACCCUUGCCGCUUGAGCUCCAGUGCCACAGACUGCCUGUGAGAACCGCCAAUCCGUGUUCGUGACAUGGCACAGGGCCCUGGGUGUGUAAUGCACAUGUCCACUGCUGAGCUGCAGCCCUGGCCGAUGUCAAAUAAGGCGCCUUGAGCCUGUGCCUGUAAUCCCUGCUACACAGGAGGCUGAGGCAGGAGGACUGUGUCUUUUUGAGCUUUUGUCUCACUGUGCAGUUCAGGCUGGCCUGCAGCUUAUUUUGUAGCCCAGGCUGGUCUCAAACUUGCAAUGAUUCUCCUUCCUCAGCCUCCCCACAAGUGCUGGGGGUGAUGGGCGUGCGCCCCCGCGGCAAACACCCAUGCUGCGACGCGCGCAGGGCUCCCGGAGCUGGGGUCCGCGACGCCCUGCACGAGGUUCCCAGCAGUCAGAGCAUGGGGAGGGGGGCGCUGUGCCCUGACCGCCGCCCUCUGCCCGCAGGCGGCCGGGCGCGGCCAUGCCGGACCCCGCGGCGCACCUGCCCUUCUUCUACGGCAGCAUCUCGCGGGCCGAGGCCGAGGAGCACCUGAAGCUGGCGGGCAUGGCCGACGGGCUCUUCCUGCUGCGCCAGUGCCUGCGCUCGCUGGGCGGCUACGUGCUGUCGCUGGUGCACGACGUCCGCUUCCACCACUUCCCCAUCGAGCGCCAGCUCAACGGCACCUACGCCAUCGCGGGCGGCCGCGCGCACUGCGGCCCCGCCGAGCUCUGCGAGUUCUACUCGCGCGAUGCCGACGGGCUGCCCUGCGCGCUGCGCCGCCCGUGCAACCGGCCGGCCGGGCUGGAGCCGCAGCCCGGCGUCUUCGACAGCAUGCGCGACGCCAUGGUGCGCGACUACGUGCGCCAGACCUGGAAGCUGGAGGGCGAGGCCCUGGAGCAGGCCAUCCUGAGCCAGGCGCCGCAGGUAGAGAAGCUCAUCGCCACCGCGGCCCACGAGCGGAUGCCCUGGUACCACAACGGCCUGACGCGCGAGGAGGCCGAGCGCAAGCUUUACUCCGGCUCGCAGACGGACGGCAAGUUCCUGCUGAGGCCCCGGAAGGAGCCAAGCACCUAUGCGCUGUCUGUGAUCUAUGGGAAAACCGUGUACCACUACCUCAUCAAGCAGGACAAGGCCGGCAAGUUCUGCAUCCCCGAAGGCACCAAGUUCGACACACUGUGGCAGCUGGUGGAGUACCUGAAGCUCAAGGCCGACGGGCUCAUCUACUGCCUGAAGGAGCCCUGCCCCAACACCAGCGCGGAGGGGGCCGCCGCUCCCACGCUUCCUGCCCACCCAUCCACAUUCUCCCAACCUCAGAGACGGGUAGACACCAACUCUGAUGGCUACACCCCAGAACCAGCGCGUCCGGCACCUGCGGGUGAGCCGCGGCCGAUGCCCAUGGACACGAGCGUGUACGAGAGCCCUUACAGCGACCCUGAGGAGCUCAAGGACAAGAAACUCUUCCUGAAGCGCGAGAACCUGCUGGUGGCUGACAUUGAGCUCGGCUGCGGCAACUUCGGCUCAGUGCGCCAGGGCGUCUACCGCAUGCGCAAGAAGCAGAUUGACGUGGCCAUCAAGGUGCUGAAGCAGAGCACGGAGAAGGCGGACAAGGACGAGAUGAUGCGGGAGGCGCAGAUCAUGCACCAGCUGGAUAACCCCUACAUCGUGCGGCUCAUUGGCGUGUGCCAGGCCGAGGCGCUCAUGCUGGUCAUGGAGAUGGCGGGCGGCGGCCCGCUGCACAAGUUCCUGGUGGGAAGGAAGGAGGAGAUUCCCGUGAGCAACGUGGCUGAGCUGCUGCACCAGGUGUCCAUGGGGAUGAAGUAUCUGGAGGAGAAGAAUUUCGUGCACCGCGACCUGGCGGCCCGCAACGUCCUGCUGGUCAACCGGCACUACGCCAAGAUCAGCGACUUUGGCCUCUCCAAGGCCUUGGGCGCCGACGACAGCUACUACACCGCCCGCUCGGCCGGGAAGUGGCCCCUCAAGUGGUACGCGCCCGAGUGCAUCAAUUUUCGCAAGUUCUCCAGCCGCAGCGACGUGUGGAGCUACGGGGUCACCAUGUGGGAGGCCUUUUCUUACGGCCAGAAACCCUACAAGAAGAUGAAGGGCCCCGAGGUGCUGGAGUUCAUCAAGCAGGGCAGGCGGAUGGAGUGCCCGCCCGAGUGCCCGCCUGAGAUGUACGCGCUCAUGAGCGACUGCUGGAUCUACAAGUGGGAGGACCGCCCCGACUUCCAGACGGUGGAGCAGCGCAUGCGGACCUAUUACUACAGCCUGGCGAGCAAGGCCGAGGGAUCCCCGCAGUGCACACAGGGGCCCGAGGCUGUGUGUGCCUGAGCCAGGCGCUUGGCGCCGGGACCCCAGCCUGGCCUUGGUCCUCUGUGCCAGGGGCAGGGGCCGAGGCGGGCUGGUCCUGGGCCGAGGCAGAGGCUGGGGUCCGAGGCUGAACACGCUUCAGUUGGAAUAAGCUCGGCUUCUCCCGUGCCUGAGCUUUUUUGGGGUAAGGCCAGCCCAGGUGGGGCGGCCACUGGCAGGAGUGGGUGAAAGCGCCUCAAAGUGAUUUUCCUCCUGUGGUUGGCUGUUCCCUCUCCUCGGCAUGAGCAGCAUCCUCAGGGCAGAACAGGGAAACGGCUCAGGUGUGUGCAGGCCGCAGGACUGUGUGCCCUGCCUCAGCUUUCCAGAGUCACCCAGCUGCCUGCUCAGCGACUCCCACCUUCCUCUCCGGCCCCAGUCACAGCUGCAGUCUCUGUCACCUGCCGCCCCACAUGUCAGCUCCGUCCUGCUCAGAACAUUCCCCAAGUCUUGCUGCCUCGGUUUCCCCACAUGGGAAAUUGGGUUGUUGGAAGGUGGAGCCCAACAGGGGACUGAUGGGCAGCCAGGGAUGGUCAGGGCUUCUCUGAGUGUGGCCCUCUCGAGGCAGGGUGGGCUCCGUCCCCAGUGCCUCACUCCCCUGGCCGGCUUAGUCCAGGGGACAGCCUGUGACCCACUGACAGCCAGUGAGAGCAGUGGAGCCUCGCGGGGCCUUCUGGGAAAGCAGACCUCCUUUUUAUUUGUGGUGUGAAGCCGGGAGACCCAGAAGCCGGAGCUGUUUUGUGGGGCCACAGGGGAGGCAGUAGGGCAGAGCUCAAGACCCACGUGUGUGGCUACAGAGAGGGGACCCAGGCCUUGGGUGCUUGUGCCUAGUUAUGACACCAGGAGGUCCACCCCAGCACUGACCCUACUCUGACCUCGCCAUUGGUUAUUGGGUUUGGUAAUUUAAAUGUCUGCUUAAUUUAGCAGAUCUUGUUACUUUCUUCAGUGACCUUUGUGUUUCCCUUGGAGGCCGAGUGAACGCGCCUGGUUCCAGGGCCCAGGGCAGGGGCACAGUGACUCCAUUGUGUGUGUGGGGCAUCAGAUGCUCGGGUUGCCUGGGGGUCUGUGAACCCCACCAGGUGUGACUGCUGAUCACAGAGAGAGACAGAACUGGGACUGCCUCGGGCCUGCCAGUCUUUGUGACCUCUUGGCGGUUUCCCGUGUUUAAAAUCUAAUGUACCAGUGCCUAAAUGUUAGAUGCUAGCACUGUUUUUGAAUGACGUCUUUAAUAAAGGAGACUGACACCAUAGGUGUGAUUUAA